UAAUGAGUUUGUGGUGAUAAGCAUCAGUUGAUUUCAACUUAUUAUUUCAAGUGUAGGAGAGGCAGUCACCAACUCACCAUUAGCUGUCAUAAUGUCUGAGAGUCAGAGCUUGUUCCAGGUCUAUUAUCUUGGUUGUCUUGAAGUUGAUAGAAGGUUUAGCUCUUCUGUAUUGCCUUGGAUCACGGAACAAUUGAAACUUGAACUGGAAGACAUGAAACUAGUUUGGGUAACCCUAGGUCCUUCCAGUAUUGGGUAUGUUGCUGAUUCAGGAGAGCACAUCACGAGUCAUCAGUACAAGUCCAUUAUUCGUUGGAGUCCUGGCCUUGAAGGAGUCUCCUUUGCUUAUAUCACUACUCAUGAUAAGGACAAUAAAACCUACUGCCAUGCUUUUCAAUGUCUUGAUUUGAAUGAGGCUAAGGUUAUUGUCCAGUUGUUUAACGAGUAUUGUUUAUCGUUUGAUGUUUCUUCUGAAGCACCUUUCAUGCUGUCUGGUGACAAACUGGCCAAUCUAAUUCAUCAAAACAAGAAAAAGACUUCAAAGUCUCGUGGAGGAGGAGCAGUCGCUAGACCAGUUGACCAGUUUAAUGUGAUUUAUUGUGGAUCAAUGAAAGCUAAAAUUAGGACUCCAAUUAAUGCUAAACUUGUUGACGGGUUUGUGUCCUGUUUGUCCAAGAGAGAAAAGCCUACUUCAGCUAAGAAGUACAAGAAAUGGCGUCAGACGAGAAAGAGGGGUUCCGUGAUACCUACCGCAACUAAAGCAGCUCCAGUGAACAGCAUGUUCAGGACAGGUAGUGUCAGUGAUGAAGGCAGCAGCGAUGUACAUGUACAUGUACAGCCUGACCCUGGUACUGAAGAACAACGGGUUAGGUCAACCUCUGAGGUAACGAAUAGUUCAAUUGAAGGAGAGUGUACUAACAAUGAUGAUAAUAAUGGAGGAGGAGGAGGAGGGGGAUGGGAUGUAUCAAAGAAAGAACAAGGUACACUAGUAAAGGAUGAGGAUAGACAUGAAGCAACUACUGAAGUAGGAGAGUCAGUGAGACCAGCUCCAGCAACACGUGUUGAAGUACUGGACAGUUCAACUGAAGUAGAUGAGGAAUUUGAUGAUACUGAUUAUAUACUGAUUGAUAAUGAUGAAGACUUUUAUGAUGUUCCUCCUGAUGUAUUUGAUUUACAGUCGGAGCCAGGGUUCUCAACAAUGAGUGUUGAUGAUGUCAUCAAAUGUGUCCGUGAGAAUCUAUCAAAUAAUAUAGAGACCACAUUAUACUUGUCAGGGUCUACUUGUGAAAUGAAACAGGAGAGUGAUUCAUUAAUAUUCAGUUAUAAUACUAAACGAGUUUUAGGAUGUGCCCAGGGUCUUCAGUUUUCAGACUAUGUUGGUUUUGUUACUAGAGAGAAAGGCUCUUCAGAUAUUACAUUUCAUUUGAUGUCCUCGAAAGCUGCAGCUGCCGUUAUAAAAUCAUUCAAAUCUUCUUUUGAUGAAUAUGUCUCACAAUCCCUUCCAUUCACAUUGUGCCACUCGUGUCCGAUAAAUACAUUCAAUAACAUCUGUCAACAAAUCAACGGUAGUGAGCUAAGUACUCGGUCAAUGUAUCGGCUGCUUGAAGUGUAUUUGAAUGAAAGUGAAAUAUCAGGACUGGAUUGUCCUAGUGAUCCUUUUGAGAAUGACCACACCCAGCUAGUGAGAUGGGUUAUGAGACUGAGCAAGUAUUUUAAGAAGAAGCAAGCUCAGCACAAUCACCAGGAGAAGAGAGAGAAAGAAAAGAAGAGGAAUGUUGGGAAGAAAGCAAUGAAACUGCUUCAUCUUAAAUCUAUGACUGGAUCCUAUGAUAAUCUUAGAAUUAACGAACAGAGUAAACAUCAUCAGUAUGAUGCCCUCCACUCCUCCAGUGCUACUAGUGUGUUACAAGGAACUGGUAGUGGAUACACGUCAAGUCAACAGUCCUCACCAACAAGCAACCAUGACGUUGGUUGGAGUAGAGAGGUUUCUCCUGAUCACAAGAGGAAGUCUGGAGUGACGAGUGAGGCUACUCCUUCAUCGAACAAAAGAGCACAGUUAUUAGUAACAGGUAAUAACAACAGGCUCAGGACUGAUUCCGGAGCACCCAGUACUAUUGAUAGACCUGUGAGUCCUUUAGCCGGUGACAGUGGUCACGUGAGUCCCAGCUUCCAGUCACCAUCAAGGAAAGGACACAAGAGGUCAAUGUCUUGGAGACAGCAAAUAUUUGAAAGUGUCACCCCAAACAAGACUGACUCUAGAAAAUCAUCUUUAAGGGAAGUACUGGAGCUAGACUUGUCUCAUAAGCCGCCAGUAGGAGCCCCAGUAGCAGCUGGACCUCAAAGAGAAUCAACGGAUGAAGUGGAUGGUCCCAGUGGAGCGUCUGCCACAGCCAGGAGGAGGUGGGAAUGGGCCAUACAACAGCAGCUGCUACUAAUAAGAUUGGACAAAGCCAACCAAUCCGUACUGAUGGAAACACUCACUAGACAGAAACUGAGUUAUGCUGAGUUAGCUCUUGACACCAAUGUAAUGACAAGCGUUUGGAACAAAAUACUUGAAAAUACAAAUGAAAUUAAUAAUGAGGAAUUAUUGGCUUCAAUUAAAAUGGGUAUACCUGCUAAGUUGAGGGAGAGGGUGUGGCGGUUAUUAAUAGUACGUUAUAAAUCUUCCAGUUCAGUAGCUGCCUCCUCUGGUUACACAAGAUUAAUUAAUAAUGAUCAAUUCAUUGAUUUAUACUCUCAACAUACGGAAUAUGAAUCACUUAUUAAUGCUGACCUUGAUCGUACGUAUCCUAAGUACCAGUAUUUUUCCAAACAAGUCAAACAUGGUCGUAUGUCACUGUGUAAUGUAUUGAAAGCUUAUUCUGUAGCUGAUAGAGAAAUAGGCUACUGUCAGGGACUAUCCUUUGUCACUGGUCUCUUCCUAUUACAUUCCAGUUCUGAUGUGGAUGGUUUCAAUAUGUUAAGUGACUUUAUGCAUAUCUAUGGAUACAGGGACAUCUACUCAUCAGAUAUGUAUCAAUUACAGAUUAAGUUGUAUCAGUUCUCAAGACUGGUUCAUGACUCACUGCCUGCGUUACACGUUCAUCUUGAGGAUCAUGACGUUACUCCAUUCCUUUACGCUGCUCCUUGGUUCCUUACUUUAUUUUCGUCUCAAUUUCCUUUAAAUUUUGUAGCUAGACUAAUGGAUUUAAUUUUAUUUGAAGGAGUCGUAGCAAUAUUUAAGGUUGGAUUGGCCAUCUUAACGCACUAUGAAGAGGAGAUCAAGCAGUUAAAUGGAAUGGAGUCAAUCACUGAUUUCAUCAAAGUCUCAAUACCACAUUCUGUAGAGGACAGUGUAUCCGAGAUAUUACACACAGCUGUACAAAUACCGGCUCAAUCAUUGGCCAUUAAACUGCAGACAUUUGAAACUGAGUAUCAUGUGAUGCAUGAGAUAAUGGCAACCUUUCACAUGAAGGAGUCCUCAUCAAGUGUCAGUGAUACAAAUGAGCUUUUGAGAAAGCAGAAUAAAGACCUGAUAGAGCAACUGGCAGUGUGUAGAGGGGCAAUAUUGAGACUUGAAAGCAUGGUAACAAGUUUGAAUGAAAGGGUAGAAGAACAAGAGAAAAGAAUUGAAAAAUUGGAGGUUAAAAGAAUUGAAGAAGAUAAUGAAAAUGUUGAAUUAUUUUAUAGUGCAAUUGAUAUUAACAAGAAAUGAAUGAUACAUUUUGUGCAGUUGUUAUUAUUUUUAAAGUGAGAGUGUCAUUAUUGAUUAUCAAUUACUA